GUUAAUAUAAUGGCGGUGCGGUAAUAUUGUUAUUAUAAAAAUAAUAUUAAAAUUAAAAUUAUUUUUAAGAGAAAAUUAAAAAUAUUAAUUAAUUUUCGUUAAUUGCAAAGAAAUAUUUUAUCAAAAAAAAAAAAAAUUUUUUUAAAUAAAAUAAAAUAUUAAAAAAAAAUGGGAAAAUGGAUUUAUUUAAUUAAAUCGGGAAUUGUUACGGGUUUAAUAUCUUUAUUAUUAUAUUUUACACUCAAACAUAUUAUUUACGAACAAAGAACCGCAAUUCUGAAAGAAGUACAAAAAUCUUUAACAUUUAUAAGACCUAUGCAAAGUGGUAAUGAGAGCUUUUAUAAAUGGAUUUAUAUAGGUGAUCCAGAUUUAAGACAUCAACAAUAUUCAGCGUAUUUUGAUCCGAGAGUAGAAACUUUAAAUAGUGCAGAUUUUGACGAGGAAAAUAAAUCAUAUGGAACAAUUAGAACUUUUGCAAUAUUACCUUUGGAUAUAGAUGAUGAUGAAAUUGUUUGCAUCUAUAAAUUUGAUGACAAUGAAACUAUGACUGUAACACCAGGUGAAGUUAAUGCUAUUACAGAACAUGAAGACUUAGAAUUUGCUGCCUUCACAAUUAUGUGCCCUCUUAUAAAUGUUAAUAAUAGUAAAAUUGUAGACUUGCCAUAUUCUAUAGCUUUAUCGUAUGAGAGUAAUAUGUUAACUGUAGAACAACCCGCUUUUAUCCCAAUUACAUAUCCAGUAGCAUCUAAUAUUUUAAGAUAUAAUUAUAAAUACUUAGCAGUAUGUGUGUUUCCACUACCAGUUCAUUAUCGAAAUGUUCUUCGUAUUGCUGAAUUUAUUGAGCUUUAUAAAUUAUUAGGAUCUGAAAAAUUCUAUUUUUAUAUAAUAAAAGCGACUGAUGAUGUACAUAAAUUGCUUGAUUAUUAUGUUGAAAAAGAUGUAGUUGAGAAAAUGGAUUGGAAUUUUUAUAGAGGCUUGAAUCAAAGUGAAGUUAAAUAUGCUAACAUUUUGGCAUAUUACAAUGAUUGUAUGUAUCGUGGAACAUUCAAAGAUGGUUUUAAACAUUUAGCUAUGGUUGGAAUAGAUGAAAUUAUAAUGCCUUUACAACAAAAUACCUUAACAGAAUAUGUCGAGACACUCGAAGACCGUUACAGAUCUACAAGUUUUAUUUUUGAUACAGUGUUUUUUCAUCAGAAUUAUGGCCUUGACAGAUUCAAUAUUCCACCAAAUUUUAACAAUAAAUUUUUAUAUUCACAAGUUAAAAUUGAGAGAAGCGAAACUCCAAUGCCUAUACGAAAUCGUUAUAUCGUAGUAGGCAGCACAGCUGUGGAAGCAGGUAACCAUCAAAUUUGGCGGGCUUUAUAUGGUUUUACAACCAGUGGAAAGGUUACAUCUGAGGAAGCAGUCAUUUUUAAUUAUCGGACACAAUGUCUAUUUUUAAUUUGUGAGGCAUCAUCAACUAUUGAUUUCACAGCUAGACGUUACGGUUCUUUACUAUGGUAUAGUGUAGAAAAUGUUUGUAAUUUAGUUUUUAGUGAUAGUGGUGGAGUUUGUCAAAUUAGGUCAAAAUUUACAUAAUAAUGUUUAUAUAAUUCCUUAUGUACAGAUUGCAAAAUAUUUUAAAGUACGUAUAAUAAUGCAUUGCAAUUAACGGUUAUAAAAGUAUUGAAAAAAAAUUGCUGUGAUUUUUAAAAUAAUAAAGCAACUGUGUUGAAAGCAAA